AUGUAUACCGUACAAGCCAAGACCAAAAGCAAGCGCAACUACGACCCCAACAAGGCGCGCAGUGAGCAGCUGCGCGAGCUGCGGCGUCUGCGGACGGAGGCCGACGAGCUCCAGCUCAAGCUGCAGCAGCUGCAGACGCUACGCGGCGCCUCCAAUGGCUCAUUCGAGCCUCAAACCGGUCCCCAGUCGGACGCGGAGCUGCCCCAAGUGUGGCGCGACAUCUGCGCGCGUCAACUGGGGCGCCGACUCAAGGCCGAGCGGGAGAACGGCCGCCUCCGCAAGAGGUGCAGGGCCGAGUCCAAGCUGGCCCAGAGCGUCGAGAAGCUGCUGUUCAAGCGCCUGUCAAUGCAGAGCGCGGAGCCCGGGGCGAGCAAGCGCGUCCGCCGCGUGGAGAUCCCCGCGGGCUUCAUCCAGCGCGUGGCCGCGCGCAUCUUCGACGAGUUGGCGGCGGGCGUCGACGCCUCGUACCGAGACGUGGAGCGCGUGCUGGAGACCGACUGCCCCGUGCCGACGUGGAUGGAGACGCGCAGGCCGCUGCUGCGUGAGGGAGUGAGUAUCGAGCUGUUCGACGGGCGGGUGCUGCCCUUCGGUCUGCGCGCGACGGGCGACGCGUGGUGGAGGCGCUGGCAGAACUACAGAGGCCAGCGCUCGGACGAGACGGCGGGGGACGACGUGGUCAGAGAGCGGUGCGGGCUGGAGAUGGUCGACGUCAAGACCGACAGGCGCGCGACGUUCUACGUGCAGCAGGUGCUCCGGCGGUACGUGGAAGACCAGCGCGUCGUGGUGGUCUGGCACGCGUACUUCGAGCCUUUCACGUUCGACGAGGAGCUGGUUCGAGGCGUGCACUUCCUGCUCAAGGGCUACGUGCUGAUGAAGCCGCACUGCAGUGGUGAGGAUGAAGAGGCCGCCACUCGUGUGCUGACGUGCUACAACAUCACGCCGCACUUUUCGGACCCGGAGCUGCAGAAGUAUGGCAAGACUGUUGCGCUGACCAAGUUUGUGGUAAGCGCCACGUCCGCCAACAUAUCGACGAGCAACGAGAUGAUGGAGAACUUGCUCGUGGAUGAAGCCCUGCAGAAGUGCGGCUGA